AUGUCUAUUUCUUCACUCUCAGACGCUGCAGAUGGCUUUUCCCUGCCGCAGGUCCCUGGAUCCCAAGACUCUGGCCUGCCUCCUGGUGGGCGUGAGUUUCUUGGCACUGCAGCAGUGGUUCCUCCAGGCCCCGAGGUCCCCGCAAGAGGAGAGGUCCCCGCAGGAGGAGACGCCAGAGGGCCCCACCGACGCUCGCACAGCUGCCGCUUUGCCCUCGGUGCUGGCCCCCGGGCCCCCGUGCAUGGCCAACACCUCAGCCAACGCCACGGCCGACUUCGAACAGCUGCCUACGCGCAUCCAGGACUUCCUGCGGUACCGCCACUGCCGCCACUUCCCGCUGCUCUGGGACGCUCCGGCCAAGUGCGCAGGCGGCCGCGGCGUCUUCCUGCUCCUGGCCGUGAAGUCGGCGCCUGCGCACUACGAGCGGCGUGAGCUCAUCCGGCGCACGUGGGGACAGGAGCGCAGCUACGAGGGGCUGCAGGUGCGCCGCCUCUUCCUGCUGGGCACCCCGGGACCCGAGGACGAGGCGCCCGCCGAGCGGCUGGCGGCGCUGGUGGCGCUGGAGGCGCGCGAGCACGGCGACGUGCUGCAGUGGGCCUUCGCCGACACCUUCCUCAACCUCACGCUCAAGCACGUGCACCUGCUGGACUGGCUGGCGGCGCGCUGCCCGCACGCGCGCUUCCUGCUCAGCGGCGACGACGACGUGUUCGUGCACACCGCCAACGUGCUCCGCUUCCUGCGGGCGCAGCCGCCCGACCGCCACCUGUUCUCCGGCCAGCUAAUGCAGGGCUCCGUGCCCAUCCGCGACAGCUGGAGCAAGUACUUCGUGCCCCCGCAGCUCUUCCCCGGGUCCGUCUACCCAGUGUACUGCAGCGGCGGUGGCUUCCUCCUGUCUGGCGCCACGGCCCGGGCCCUGCGCUGGGCCGCCGGCCACACCCCGCUCUUCCCCAUUGACGAUGCCUACAUGGGCAUGUGUCUGGAGCGCGCCGGCCUGGAGCCCAGUGGCCACGAGGGCAUCCGGCCCUUCGGUGUGCAGCUGCCUGGCGCGCGGCAGCCUUCCUUUGACCCCUGCAUGUACCGCCAGCUGUUGCUGGUGCACCGCUUCGCACCCUACGAGAUGCUGCUCAUGUGGAAGGCGCUGCACAGCCCCACGCUCAGCUGUGACCGGGGACACCGGGUCUCCUGAGGCUGGGUGGGUGGCCUCAGUCCCGGGCCUCCACCCGUGACGGUGUCCGUGCUGAGAAGGCAGCUUUCCCACCCUGGGUACCUUCCGUCCUGCCCAGCUCUGUGCACCUGAAACCCAGCUACGCACUGAAAUCAGCAGGGUGUGAGGGAUGCGGGAAAUAACUGCAUCCUGGCUGCAUGUCCUGAAGUUUUGAUUUGAUUGGUCUGGGGUGACCCAAGACGUGUUAAGUAUUUUUUAAGUUCCUCCGGUGAUUCGAAUGUGCAGCUAGACCUGAGGACCACUGGGCUAGAAUGUCUGUUCAUCCUCGAAAACCCAGCUCCACCGCCCCCUCUGCAAGCUUUCCCGGGCACCUGGCUCCCACACUCGGGUCCUUGUGGGCAGUGGAGCAAGGGAUACCUGGGAAUGUGGGAGCGAGGAUCAGCGUGCCCUGCCAUAUGCCUACAAAUGUUAAGUUGCCAUUUCCAGCAUUUCCUCUACAAGUGAGUGGAGCUGGAGCUGGGCUGACAGUCGUCAGGUGGAUCCUGCUUCUCCCUCCCCCCAGAAGUCAGUCACAUGUAGCUGAGGUACAUGUGGCAUCCUUCCUCUCACAGCUGUCCUGGUACCCCAUGAGGUAGAAAUCAAAGUGGAAACCAGAGGCCUGGUCAGACAGUGACUAAUCCAGGGCCAUGUCAUUCUCAGACAGCACCCCAUUUUGAUCCCCUCCACACUCACCCCCACCAAAGUUAAUGGCCUGGUAGGGUCCUGCCAACCAAUGCUCACCCCCACAGGUCAGAGACAGGUUCCUUGCUGGAGUCUGGGCCUCAGGGUCAGUGGGCCUUGGACAACCCAGCAGGGAGUUCUGGGGAGUUCAAAGUGGAGAAACGCUGAUGGGAACAUGGAGGCCAGCAUUGGAGAGGCUAUGGAGGCAGGUGUGUAGAAUUGUGUUUGGGAGGUGGGAGAUCUGAAACGGAGGUGGAUAGUGGUUAAGAGAAUGUGCAGGACUUCCUGGGAACUUGGUGACCGGGGCUCUGAGAACCAGGCUGUGGUCCUGACCUGAAGCAGUUACAGCUGCCAGUCAUCUUGGCAAUAUAGAAAAUCAAGGAAACAGCCUAAGGACAGGCAGAAGUGUGAGUCAGCAAGGUCCCAACUAUAUAAGAUGGAUGCAGGGACUCGCUUUCAGGGAGGAAAGAACCUGGGCAGAAAGUCAGAAGACUGGCCAAAGGAUCUUCAUUGCCUUCAGGACAAAGACCAGACUCCUCAGUCCUGCAUUU